CGCGCGCGCGCGCGCCCUCGCCCUGUUGCGCGCUGGUGUCACCUUGGGCGCGAGCGGGGCUGUGCGUGCACGGGACCCGAAGCCGAGGGCCAUCAAGGGGCGAUGGCGGCGACGGCGAGUCCCGGGACUGGCCGGAUGGACGGGAAGCCCCGUACCUCCCCUAAGUCGGUCAAGUUCCUGUUUGGGGGCCUGGCUGGGAUGGGUGCUACGGUUUUCGUGCAGCCCCUGGACCUGGUGAAGAACCGCAUGCAGUUGAGUGGUGAAGGGGCCAAGACUCGAGAGUACAAAACCAGCUUCCAUGCCCUCACCAGCAUCCUGAAGGCAGAAGGGCUGAAGGGCAUUUACACUGGACUGUCAGCUGGCCUGCUGCGCCAGGCCACCUACACCACCACUCGUCUGGGCAUCUACACUGUGCUGUUUGAGCGCCUGACAGGGGCUGAUGGGACACCCCCUGGCUUUCUCUUGAAGGCCCUGAUUGGCAUGACUGCAGGUGCGACUGGUGCCUUCGUAGGAACACCAGCUGAGGUGGCGCUUAUCAGGAUGACUGCUGACGGCCGGCUUCCAGCUGAACAGCGCCGUGGCUACAAAAACGUGUUUAAUGCGCUAAUUCGAAUUGCCAGGGAAGAGGGAGUUCCCACGCUGUGGCGGGGCUGCAUUCCGACUAUGGCGCGAGCUGUUGUGGUCAACGCUGCCCAGCUCGCCUCCUACUCCCAAUCCAAGCAGUUCUUGCUGGACUCAGGCUACUUCUCUGACAAUAUUCUCUGCCACUUCUGUGCCAGCAUGAUCAGUGGCCUCGUCACCACUGCGGCUUCCAUGCCUGUGGACAUUGUCAAAACCAGGAUCCAAAACAUGAGGAUGAUCGACGGGAAGCCAGAGUACAGGAAUGGGCUGGACGUGCUGAUGAAAGUCGUCCGCUAUGAGGGAUUCUUCAGCCUGUGGAAGGGCUUCACGCCGUACUACGCCCGCCUGGGCCCCCAUACUGUCCUCACCUUCAUCUUCUUGGAACAGAUGAACAAGGCCUACAAGCGCCUCUUCCUCAGUGGCUGACGUGGCCAGGUCCAGGGACUAGUGUGCCAGGGUCCCCAAGGAUUCCGCCACCCUGGGCUGCUCUAUUUAUUUCCCCUCCAUGGUGUGGUUCCCUCUUUCGUGGUAAAGAACUUUAGUCUGUUCUGCCCCUGCUCCAGCCUGCCAGGCUGAUACUUAGGAUUCUGUCCCUGGCUGUUCCUGGGGGACCUGAGAAACUCCCCAAGGAUUUCCAGUCUCCUCUUGGGUGUUAGUUUCAAGGCACAAAAGACAGCAGAUUCCUCUCCCUGGGGAAACCAAAGCAGAGCUGAGGAGACAGGAGAGAGCAGAAGCUAUCAAGCUGGCCAAAGGGUCUGUGGUGGAAGCAUGCAGCCUUCCUCCUCCUUGAGGACUUGAACAAUAAAGUGGAUUGCUAACACCAACCCCAAAUCUGGAUCCUCUUGAGGACUGUAGGGGGAGCUAACUGCACAGAGAAGCUGGUGUCUCAGGAAAACAAACUGGAGCUUUUAACGAAACCAUUAAAGAACAUCACCUACUGGUUUUAUGAAAAUCUAUGUAAAUAAGCCAUAUCUCAAGAGCU